GUUGUUUUUCGUAGUCAGGAAAAUCGAAGUGCGAAGCGCCAACUCUCCUGCGACGCUCGUCCGAAAAUGUUAAUUUUUGUACAAAAUUAACCACAGGAAGUGUUGUCUAUCUCCUCUUUUCAUCGAAGAUAUUAUUGGAAUAAUUUUUCAGUUUGAAAGUAAUGGUGACAAGUCUUGACGAGAAAUAUUUUUACUUUAAUUUGGGGAUUUCUACAGACCAGCUAGACGAGUUUCGAGUCUGCCUCCGGAGUUUGUCGUCAGUGCAGUGAAGCUCCUCUCCCGCUGCACCGCUGGCUCGAAGGCUCACCGUUGGCCGCUGGUGAGGUCAACCACGAGUUGAAUACAAUUUUGUACAAAGUCAAAGACAAAAUAAAGUGAGCUGAAGUCACUUCACAAUAACAAUGGAUUGGGGUGAGAGUGGACAAGUAGAUGAGCUGGAAAGCGGCUUCAGUGAACUUGGAUUGGAAAAGUCAAUCACAAGUGGAUUGAAGACUGCUGAAGAAAUAGAAAGCUUGACAGUUGAUGAACAUUUGGGAGAUAUUGAUAGAGCAGUCUUCUUACUGAGCUCUGGGCAAGAAGUUCAGCGGAUAAGUGUCAUUCAGAAUCUACCCAACCUACUAAGGGACAACAAUGUCGAUGCUAUGCGCAGAGUAGUGCCCAAAGUCAGGGAUGUACUUCAUUUAGCCAACCAAGACUUGCAGGAGGCAGCGGCAGCAGCCUUUGUGAAGAUAGCGGAGGAACAAUCAGUGCCACACCUCACCUAUGCACAGACAUUCCUACAGACCAUCCUGCAGAAUGCCGAUAAUAGAGACCCAGAUAUCUCAGAUGCCUGGUUAGACGUUUUACUCAAAGUCAUCGCACAUCUUCCAAAAGAUGUCCUCAAGAAAGAUAUCUUACCCGUUGCACUAUCCAAGGGCCAGUUGGCCCAGUCUGUUCAGUCUCGUCUGGCUAGCUGUAGACUGCUGGGAAAGAUUGCCACACGUUUUGACACCUUCAUGAUCAAGAAGGAAAUUUUACCUUUGGUGACAUCUCUGUGUCAGGAUGUGGAUUAUGAAGUCAGAGCCUGCAUGUGUAAACAGCUAGAUCGUGUGGCCAGAGGAUUGGGCCUGGAGCCUACAAGAAGUGCAAUACUACCCGAGCUGGUUGAGCUGGGCAAGGAUGAGGAGAGCUGCGUCAGACUAGCGGCGUUAGAAACCAUAGUUAGCUUACUCAGUCUUCUAGACGAUGUGAAUUUCAUACCACCAGAUACCUGCACACAAACCAUCAUUCCCCUAGUUCGUAAGUUUUGUGAGAAUGCCAUGAACAACGAAGACUCCACAUUACCUUCUGUCGCCAAACAGUUUGGAAGAUUAUGCCAUGGUUUAUCAGUAAAUCUAACAGAAGAAUUGAAACUGUGGUUCUUGAAGUAUUACUACCAGCUGUGUUCUGUAGGGCUGAAUGAGAAAAGCAUCAGUAAUGACAGAUUGGAGCAGUCAGGUGCAUCAUGUAAUACUAGCUCCACCAAGAAUUCUCCAAUGCUGUCUAUGUAUCGAGAGGAACACAGACUAACUGAAUGCAGACAGUUCUCUGCCUUCAAUUUCCCUUGUAUGGUGCUAUUUGCUGGUGCUCGUAAGUUCAAGGCCGAGCUUCAUGGAACCUUUGCCAGUCUCUGCGACGAUCCUCAGCCUCAAGUCAGAGCUACCUUAGCAUGUGGUUUCCAUGAGGUCGCUCACCUUCUAGGUAACAAUGUAUCAUGUAUCCAUGGAGAGCUGGUUAGUCUACUCAAGGAUGAGAAUCUACAGGUUGUACAGGGUAUUGUAUCACACCUUCCAGAGACGUUGAUAGCGUUCUCUAAAGGAGCUCCUAGCAGCAGUAGUCAUCAAGUAGAUAAUAAGAUGAUAACGAUAAGUCUAUAUCCCUAUCGCAGGGUAUAUGGUGUUGGUGAUUUGAUACCUGCCAUCUUGGCUGCGGAGAGUAUAGCAGCCAACUCCAGGAACUGGAGACUCCAUGUUGACAUUCUAGAUAAGCUUGCCUGUCUUCCCAAGUGUUUGACCAGUGAUCAGAUCCAUUCCAAGUUUGUUCCUCUCUUCUUCAAGCUUGUCACCACUCAUAGAGCAUUGCCGAUCCAGCGUGCAGCAUCUAGGACAUUGUGUGCUCUGAUGAGAAACUGUAGAAAGCUUGACCACAGACAAGACAUGGUUGCCAAACUAAUCCAUGAGUGUUGUAGGAGUAAAAGCAGCCGCUACAGGAGGUUAUACAUAGACAUCUCUGUCAUCGUCAUGGACAUGUUCUCUAAAUCAUUCUUCAAGGAGAAUUUCAUGGAGCCGUUGAUGGAUCUCACAGCGGAUCCUGUUCCUAACAUCAGGUUAAAAAUGUGCUCUCUGCUACCUCGGAUCAAGCAUCAGAUGAAGCUACCAGAGGACAGAGAGAACCUCCAAGCCUUGGAGAUGGUCGUUAGGAGACUACUCUCAUCAGAGAAAGAUAAAGAUGUAGACGCUGCCAUUAGACAAGCUGUAUUUGAAUUAGACAGAAUACAAGUUCAUGUAGACUCGCUGAACAUGUCACAGUAUUACGAAGACGACAUCCAGGACCGGAAGAAGGAGGCCGAGGAGCGAGCCAUGCUGGAGAUCGAGAGACGGAACAUCGACGACGGAGCGGAGAAGGGAAGCAGGGAGAAAGGCCCGGCAAGACACACGGAGAAGAAGAAGGCGGGGGCGGAGAAGGAGAGCAAAGUGGAGAAGAACGUUCAUGCUCACAGCCAAUCAAAUCCAGCCUCUGCUCCUUCAAUAUCUUCCAGAAAAGUGUCUAAAAGCAACAGCCACAAACACAUAAGCACACCAUCUGGGAGUAAGAGCUCUGUGUCUAACGGUCCCCCCACCGGCAAAAAUAUUACGGUGUCGUCUUCGAGCAAGAGUUCUGUGUCUAACGGUCCCCCCACCGGCAAAAAUAUUGCGGUGUCAUCUUCGAGCAAGAGUUCUGUGUCUAACGGUCCCCCCACCGGCAAAAACAGUGCGGUGUCAUCUUCGAGCAAGAGUUCUGUGUCUAAUGGUCCCCCCACCGGCAAAAAUAGUGCAGUGUCGUCUUCAAGCAAGAGUUCUGUGUCUAACGGUCCCCCCACUGGCAAAAAUAGUGCAGUGUCAUCUUCGAGCAAGAGUUCUGUGUCUAACGGUCCCCCCAGUGGCAAACAUAAUACCCCGUCGUCUUCCAGAAAGGUCUCCCCUCCCCAGGGGGCUCCUAUGAACAGUGCUAAUCGAGCAAAAACGGCAUCUAAAGCCCAGAAAGCAUCCAAGACUGAGGUGGUGUCAGCACCCCUCUCAAGAACAGCCGCCAGGGCGGGGAAGAAGUCACCCUCAGCAACUCUCCUUGAACCUAACAAUAAUGUGAAGGCAACCACCAGCCGGAAUAGGUCUGGUUCUGACGGCUUGCUUGCUACGUCUAUGAUGCGGAAUACAAGGACUACUAGGGUAGUAGAAUACAAUAGUUCUUUAUCAUCACCCACGGCCAGUAGUGCAGCUAAAAGAACAACUAGUGGAACACAUGUAUCAGAAUCCAGAAAGUCUUCGGCAUCAUCUGUUAGCUCAACCCGGUCAGGCACAGGCAAUUCUUCAUAUAGUCAUCUAUCAACUUCAUCAUCUUCGACUAGAGUGAGAAAAUCAUCACACAAGACUUGAUGGGGAAUAAGGCGUACUUCUUAUGUGCUACAUCUCCCCUAGUCACCAGAGUGCUCCACAUGAACAAAUUGCCCCAUGAAGAGAGUAUCUGCGGAUAAACAGUGCGAGCUUAUGCGAUACCACUCACCGAUGAAGCCAGUCAAAUGUGCCAUAUGAAAACUGAAAUUGGGGUACAUUAACAAAGCAUCAACUAACAGACAGACAGAACUGAGGUUCACGUCACACUGGGCAGUCUGACUGACUGAGAGAGAGAAAGAGUGGCAGUCAGCGGUUAUGCCCUAUGUGUCCUGGAAGAUGUGAGGAUGCAUCCGGCAAGAAGUGGUGCACCAGGAAUGGUCUUUUUCUAUGUGGACAAAGUGUUUACCAGUAUGCUUCACAUGAACAAAUUGCACCGAGAAGAGUGUAUCUGUGUGUGUGAGCUCAUGUGACACCACUGAUGAAGCCAGGCUAGUCAAAUGUGCCAUAUCAAAACUGAAAUUGGUGCAUGUUAGUGGAACCAAUGGUGGAGUCGAUCACAUCGCGUAUUCUAGAGGAAACCUGAUGAGUGUUGAACCGAACCAGUGCGGUACCCCUUAAAAUAGCUUCAUUCGUGCUAGCAGCAUAUUUUUUUUAUUGGAGGAAAAAUUAAAGGAAUACAGUACAACGCUACAUGUAGUGGUAUAUUCCAGAGCACAGAAAGUGCAUGCGUGUUCAAUAGUAAUGGAAUUUUGCGUAGAGAAUAUACUCUGAAUUGGCUACAUUACUAGAUUAAUGCUACAUCAUUAUUUUGCACAUCAUUUUCAUUAUCUUUGUAAUAGUUGAAAAGGAGUAGGAGAAACAGCUAUGAGGACAUUCAUAUGUUGAUGUCUACGUUUAAUUUUAAGAUAUUAAUGUAGACAUCUCCACAGCUUAUAUUGUUGUGGGGGGUCUGACCCUUGCAUGUAUUAAAAGUAAAGAUACAGUCAAAUUCAUGCAUUGGGUAAAAUGCAAGUCAGCACCACAUGAAAUUUAUGUAGUAUUUGCUGUUGUAUUCAUGAGAGAGAGAAAGAAGAAAAGAUUUAUGAUAAUUUAUAGUAGUUGGCUAGCAUCAACCUUUAAGGCUGUUAUUCAGACUGUGUGUGGUGUCAAAAUCUUCUAUCAAUUCUUGCCAUGUUAAAUAGAUAUGCUAAAGAUAUUCAUAUUGCCUAUUCGAAGGGCAUUGGUCAGAAACCCAAUACAAUGCAUUCAAACGUAAUGAGUGACAGAGUAUGAUUUAUCUAUCUAUACAAUUUAAGUGUUGAAUAUAGCAUGAUGCCAUAUCAAAGGGAGGUUAUUGAUUAUGGUUUUCCUCUCAUAAAGCCUUCAAAUUUCUUUCUAUUUCAAUUUGAGACAUCAUUGUUAGUGAUUUCAAUCUGAUAAAAAUCACCCUUUUUCAUCAAUUAAACAAAUAACAGUUACAUGAUACUGUCAGUAUGAUGUAAAGCACUGUACUUUUGUGUCUUAUGUUCCAAAUGAAAUCAAAUGCUUUGUAUUCUCAACAAUAAUUAUACUCCUAUUUUCUGUAUGCCUUAUAUUCAAUACAGACAAAGCUUUUCAGAGGCUGAUUGUGCCAUAUACUUGUAUCUCAGUAAAGUUUGGUAACACAGAAUUACUAAAAAGAAAAUCACAUCCAGUUUGUAGAGAUGAGUGUGUAUUAGGUUUUUUUUAGGGGGAUGAAAGUAAGAUAGAAUGGAUGGAAAUUUUGGACUUUGUCUUGGAGUAAACAUAAUGUACUGAUGCCAUUGGAUUCAACAAGAUUUAUUGUCUAUUGUGUCUCUAGCUUCUGUAAGUCAUUUUUAAGGUUUUAUAUGGAUGCAAAAUGAGUUUUGAAAAAAUAUAAUAGAC